AGAUGCACUCACACUGGGCCUAUGUUCCUAGGAUAAGGGCUAUGUAUAGCAUUCACUUCCUGCCUGGCCAAGUCUCUCCCUACUGCUCUCUGAGAAGGCUGGGAGCCCCUAUUGCCUUUCCUCUGGAGCCUGAGGUGUCGGUUUGUGGUUGAUAUCAAUCAUAGAGACCCCCAGGAUAUCUGGAUUUGCCUCUGGCUGUUUUGGGGACGCAACCAGGGUACUUGAGACCUCAGUCUGGAGCCCACUAAACAAUUGACAAAAUAUCUUCUCAUUAUCUUAUCUUCACAGCAACCUGUGAUGGUAGUAUUAUCUUCCUCCAUUUUAGAGAUGAGGAAACAAGACUCAAGAGAGGGGAAGUGGCUUGUCCAAACGUCACACAGGACUGUGAUGUGGUCUGCCUACCUCUGAACAACCCGCCUGUGCCACACCAUGCUGGUUUGGUGGGAAGUCACCUACGUGUGUUUCCUAUUUGUCAGAGGCAUCCACAAAGCACCUCUCAGGUUACGACCCAGCUUUUGCUGAGUGUCUUAGCACUGGGCUGCCAUCCAAGUUCAAAUGCUGGUGAUAGAACUGAUCAGGGCCAUUGAAGGCCAGCCUCCCUCCUAAUUAGGAAUAAUCAGCAACAGGUUUAUCCUUCUCAUCCCUCUGAUCCUAUUAUUCCACUCCAUAACUCAAAGUGUGGCUUCCGGGGCCCCAGACGCUGCUGCCACAGUGAGUAGAGAUGGGGAGGUGGGGCUGAGGGGUGUGCUUUGUUCCUUCGAGAAGUCCCCACUGUUCAGCCCUUUAAAAAUUUUUCGGCUAAAGGUCAAGCCAUCUGCCCGUUCCAAAUCACCAGUUGUCCCUGUCACUAGGACCACCCGCACCCUACAUGCUCAAGCAAGCUGUGGGUUUGAAUCCCUAAAUCCCUUGCUGCCGUUAAGCCUCAAGCUAAUGUUAGCACCCUCCUCCCUAAAGAAGGAUGGGAGUUCUUCAAAGUGCGUGACUUUUCCAUUGGGGCCUGGUUUUGCUGCCUCCUGUUUCCAAGGACAGAGGUAUAUCCCAAGGUCGAGAAGUGGGUGCUGUGCUCAGGCUGGCCUGCAGGGGGCAGGAGUCACCAGGUCUGAUGGAUGUCCUCUGAGUGAAUGGAGACCACACCCAGCCCUUUAGGACCCAUGCUGGGCAGGGGAACGGGAACCUUUGAGGUGCCUGGCACUGUACCAAGCCCUUUGCAUGUAUUAUCUCAUUAAAUCCUCACAACAGUCCUAGUGAGGAAAGGGUUAUUAGAGGACCCAUUUUAUAAAUAAAGAAACUGAGGCUGAGACAGAUGAACACAUCCUCAAGGUCAUAUAGUUGCUAGGCAGCAGGGUAAGAUUUGAACCCAAGUCUGUCUGACUCCACAGUCCAAGCUCUUAGCCUCUGUCAGUAGUUCUCAGCCCCGGCUGCAGGUUAGAAUUACUUGGACUACUCAACACCACCAAUGUCCAGGGCCCACCGACACCUAAUAAAACAGAAUCUCUGGGGAAGCUCCCCAGUGAGCCUAAUCUGCAGCCAGCAUUGAGCAUCUCUGCUUUAUGCUGUGCUACUGUGCUGCCUUUUCAUGUACCUGCCCAUGUACUUAGUAUGAAUUGGGUUUGUACCUGGAGCCUAACCCAUCUUUCCCCUUGGGUCCCUGGUGAGCUUUGGUUUUUCAAAAAAGUCUGCAGAUGGUCAGUUUUCUAGCUUUGGUCUAUAAGCCUUUCCUGAUCCCCCCUGAAUAAGUCAGAUCCUUCUGUUUCACAUUCUCAGAGUCUUUGCGUUUCCCCUUCAUAGCAUUUACCAGGAAUGUAAUUAAAUAAGUGUGUUUCUAGCUCUUUAAUAUCGCUUGUCCACCUGCUAGAGUGUAAGCUCUCGGAAAGCAGGGACCAUGUUUAUCUUAGUCCCCACAAUAUUCCCAGACCCGGGCACAGUGCCUGGCACACGAACAUGGGACAAAAUGAUACUUCUUUCUUCCAUUUGAAUAAUUCCCUGUUAUGUGCCAUGCACUUUCCCAUGUGUACUUUAUAAGCAAGAGAGAAGAAGCCCCGUUUUCCAGGCGAGGAAACUGAAGCUGUGGAAUGUGAGAAGCCAGAAGCUGGCAGAGCCAGGACUCAACCCCAGGCCUGCAGAUCAGAACCUUGCCAUGCAUCUGAGUUCACUGCGGUUCCUCAUGACCCUGACCUCUGCCCCCUGCCCGCCAGAGAAGCUCCUUCAUGCUGUUUCCAAGGAACGGCUUUGAAGAAGGCACUUAAGUUGGCUCCUCACUCUUCCAAUUCCAACUCCCCAGGGCCUUCCCCUCCUUUCCUGCCCUUCAGGCGUCAACAAACCCCCAGGCUCCUCCCUCUGUCCUCAGGGGGUGCCCCUCCUCCUCCAUACCCCCCUCCAGAGGUUUGGCCCAAACAAAGCUGCUGAAUAACUCCCCUGAUUAAACCAUUCCCGUGUCGUCAGCUGUAGCACUGUCCUCCAGAGCUAUCCAGGGUCCUCCUUCCCCAGCUCCCUGGGAGCCAGCUGUGGUACCUUCUGGGCAGCGGCCUCCACCCGUCUUCCCUAGUGGGCGUUCUGAUCAGCCACCCAAAACUGGACAAAAUGUCCCCGGGAGAGCCUCUCUCGACUGAAAACUCAGACAGGAUGCAUAUGCGCCAGGAGGAGAAGACCAGCUACAGGGUGGUGCAGAUGAGCGAGGAGGGGCUGGCGGCCAGUGGCGAGCUCCCGGGACCGCUCCUGAUGCUGGCCCAGAACUGCGCCGUCAUGCACAACCUGCUGGGCCCUGCCUGCAUUUUCCUGCGCAAGGGCUUCGCUGAGAACAGGCAGCCUGACAGAUCGCUGCGGCCAGAGGAGAUUGAAGAGCUCCGAGAGGCCUUCAGGGAAUUUGACAAGGACAAGGAUGGCUACAUCAACUGCCGGGACCUGGGCAACUGCAUGCGUACCAUGGGUUACAUGCCCACCGAGAUGGAACUUAUUGAGCUGUCCCAGCAGAUCAACAUGAACCUGGGUGGCCACGUGGAUUUUGAUGACUUUGUGGAACUAAUGGGACCUAAACUCCUGGCGGAGACGGCAGAUAUGAUUGGAGUAAAGGAAUUGCGAGAUGCUUUCCGAGAGUUUGACACCAAUGGUGAUGGGGAGAUAAGCACCAGUGAGUUGCGAGAGGCCAUGAGGAAACUCCUGGGUCAUCAGGUGGGACACCGAGACAUAGAGGAGAUUAUCCGAGAUGUGGACCUCAAUGGGGAUGGACGAGUGGACUUUGAAGAGUUUGUCCGGAUGAUGUCCCGCUGAGGCCAUGGGGGCCCCUCCAGGACUGCCAAGCUCCCACAGGUGGGGAGAAGAGGAGCGAGAGCUCGCCUCACCCCGCCAUAGCUGCCGAGAGCCCAGAUGUACUGGCGGACGGGGCCUGCCUGCACCCGGGGGAGGUGCCCACCCCGGACCCCCAUCCCUCCGCACUGUGAAAGACUCACAGCUCCUGCAACUGGAAAGGGGGGUGCCUGCCGACAAGGAGGCCACAGUGCCAAGCCCGCAGAGGUCAUGCAAGGCGCCAAGUGCCAUGUACCCAGCCGCUGCUGGCUGGGUGGGCCAGGGAGCCCGCCAGCAGAUCCCACACAGCAUGUCUGCCCUGGGGCAAAGCCUCUUGCUGCCCUUCUUAGCUCUGCGCCCGUCCCAGCUCGCCUCAGCCCUGUUAUCUCAGAACCAAUAAAAAUAUUUCCAAGAG